UCAUAGACAAGAGAUUUAAUGUAUGUGCUCUCUCCCCUUGCUCCUUUUCUUCCAGCUGUGCUGUGUCUCUUUCUGUGGCUGCAUGAACUGGAAGGGAGAGAAUAGCAAAGAGCUUGAGGAUUGACAGGGGAGAUAUUUUUAGGCAGAGUGGAAGUCUGAAUGCUGGAAAGACACUGAAAAAGCCCUGUGUAUACUUAACUUGGUCUAGCACGAACUGCUGCCUCUUUGUCACGAAGAUCUGCCUCUGCUGAUGAAAGCUGUGACUCGAUUAUUUUUCCAUUCAUGGGGUUGGGCUUCAACAUUGUUGGUGGGACAGAUCAGCAGUAUGUUGCCAAUGACAGCAGCAUCUAUGUCAGCUGGAUCAAAAAGGAUGGGGCAGCUUACCUUGAUGGCCGAUUACAAGAAGGAGAUAAAAUUUUAGCGAUCAAUGGCAAAGACUUGAAGGAUUUGCGGCACAAGGAUGCUGUGGAACUGUUCAGGAAUGCGGGCUAUCACGUGUCUCUGAAAAUCCAGCGCAGGUUGCAGCCACAGAAUGGCCCUGUGAGUCAUCGAGGAGAUGGAGACUCAGGAGGGCUUCCUCUGGCAGCCAUUCUUGUGCCAGGCCUGGCGCUUGCUGUGACAGCAGUCUGGAUCUUGCUGCGGUACCGACAGCGGAUGUGAAGAGUUCACGUCUGGGAAAUCACUGCGUGUUUUACACAGCUAUGAUGUAAUUUAAACACAGAGAAUCAACAAUCUUGUCACAGACUGAUGCCAAAAAGGAUCAUUGCCUAUCAUCAAAGUUGCUGCUGAUGUUUGUAUACAUUGAUUUUCUCGCAGGGUGGAUAGAAACAGAGAGAAGAAAGGGAAGGGAGAGGACUGUGUUUAUGUAAAGAGUGGGAUAGCUGUAUUUUUUGACAAAUCUGAGGAAGUUUUGCCAUCCUCCUCUGUUUUGCACCAUGAACUUUCAAACACACUCAUCUAUUCCACCUUUUAAGAAUUAACUUUUGGUUAAAGGGAGUGGGAGUUGGGAUGGUUUUAAAUCAAAAACAUUUUCUAGAUGCUUUGCCUUGUUUCCAGAGAAUUUUUUCUUGAAUCUAAUGAAUUCUGUUCAAACCAUGAAUAAAAACAAGCAAUGCAAAGGGUAUAUUAUUUUUCCCAUUGAAGUUUUGUUGGUUGUUGCUAAAUAAAUGCCUUAAAUAUGUAAACUCUGAUCCGUGGUUUUGCCGGUAAAAUCUUCAGUGUAGCUGCUGAUUUAACAGCAGUAUGCAGUAUUGGUGAGUUAUUUUGCCUGUUGUGGAAAGAUAGAAGGUAGCCUGCUGCUAGAAGAAGAUUUUGAUUGUCAAAAUGUUUUGCUCAUUUUUGGGUCAGGGUUGUAAGAGAAAGCUUUCCACAAAAUGCUAGCAUACUGGAGAGAGACAAGCAGACAGCUGAAUCGCAAGGAUAAGUGGUACAAGAGAUUCGGGCAUGCUGAAGCUGCAGAAGAGUCUUUAAAUUAGUAGUGAAGCAGUAGUUCCUCCAUUCAUCGAGUGGGUUGAAGCCUGCAUCUCUCAGGUUAGAGGUUUUGGGGGUUAUUUUUUGCACUUCAGCUAAAGUUUUCCAUAGCAGCUCACUUGUUUUCUGCAGUCAGGAGAAUCUUAUGAUUAUUGAAAGGGAGAAGCUGACAGCAGGCUGGGAUUGUCCAGGUUUUUGCUUAUUUGUGAAGAGUUAUGUGAUGUUCAGGAGACAGGCUAUCAGCUUUAAGCCAGGGUAAAGCUUAGCAGGUAAAACCAGAGGGAAGAGACCCUCCUUGGGAAAGUAUUUGGCUGAAUUUACCUGCAGGGUCUCAUCUCCUCACUGUGAUUUGAAUAGUUUUAAAUGCCCCAGCUGAUAGGAGCUCUCUGGGUAAGACCUGUUUCUCUUGUCUCCAAUAAAUCAAUGUGUUUUGUUGUUUUUGUAAAAGAAAAGCAAAAUGCAUGGUCUGGUCUGUAUGAUGCCAAAAAAGAAAUCACAUAUGCAAUAUAUGUUUUCAAAGAAAAA